AAAUUAAUUUUCAUGAUUUUUGCAAAUUUAUUUCAAAUUUAAAAUGAAUUUUGGAAUAAACAUUGCUCUAGGGGCAUUUUCGUAAUUCUGUGUUUCCUGGAAAUUUCAUUUUCGGUUUUGCCCCUGCCCGAAAGUCACCUAAUGUAUUUAGGAUGAUUUGGUAAAAUUUCAUAAUUUUUGGACCACUUUAUGAAUUUUUAUGAAUUUUAGAAAAUAUUACCAACGUAGUAUUUUUCUAGAAUUAUCUGGGGCGAGCGCGGUUUGCCCGGUGUAUGUAUAUCUCUAUUGCCUGUGUGGAUGUAUGAUAUGCAUGGUGGAUGAUUGUGGCUAUAGUUUAUUUGAUUAUAAUACGGCCUCUGUGUCGUGCGUUAUCUCUUAAACUCUCGUUGUAAAUCUAUUUCUCUCUCUUACCUCAACAGAGGAUUCUUUUCUCACGUGGUGGUUAGAAGAUAAAAGAUUUGAAGUCCGUUCGAGGGAAUAUAAAGGAAUGGAGAUAGUCCGAAGUCCAAGAGCCUAGAAGUCAGUGGGAGCUAUCGUUUUAUUUUUCCUUUAGGAGCCACAAUCAUUACACGUUUAUUUACUGCGUAUUUUGAAUGCAUGUGAAUGUAUGUUUAACGCUACUAAAUUGACACGUGCAUGGCAUGUGUCGUAGGUGAGAUCGUAAAACUUAAAAUCCCUCGAAAUAUUAAGUCUGUAUUGCCUUCCUGCGCCCGGCACCUUUCCGGCUAAUGUGCACUGUCACGUACUCAGCCCUGGCAGAGCGUAGUACGGUGUAUGUUAUGCUGGUCACGAGAUGCGAGCUUUCAAACCGAUCGAGACGACUACAAGUCACAAGCAGGGUAUGUGUUUUGCCUGAAUGGCGGAGCUUUUAGCUGGAAGAGUUCUAAACAGGACACAACCGCCGAUUCAACUACAAAGGCUGAGUACAUGGCUGCUGCUGAAGCAGCAAAGGAAGGUGUUUGGAUAAAGAAGUUCAUUUCUGAACUUGGAGUAGUUCCUAGCAUUAAUGACCCAAUCCCGUUGUUUUGCGACAACACUGGGGCCAUUGCACAGGCAAAGGAACCACGAUCUCACCAAAAGACCAAGCACAUUGUACGACGUUAUCACAUCAUACGAGAAAUCGUAGACAGAGGUGAUGUAGAGAUUUGCAAAGUAGGAACAGACGACAACAUAGCUGACCCCCUGACCAAGCCCUUGGGAAAGCUAAAGCAUGAGGGUCACACUAGGUCAAUGGGCAUUCGACCGAUGCCAGAUUGGCCAUAGUGCAAGUGGGAGAUUGUUGGAGUUGGUGCCCUUAUGGCUAACUGUUGUUGUAAUAUCUUAGAUAUUUUCUAUCAUGUAAAGGCAGAUGCAUUAAGUUUACAAACAUCUCAUGCUAAUGUAAACUCUUAAUUGCAUUCCUAGAAUUAUAUUAUAAAAUGUUUAUCAGAAUGAGUCUUGUGAUGUUGAGACUGACAUCUUGUCACUUAGUAUAAUUCUGAACGGUCUAUAAUCGAAGCAUUAACGAGAAUGGGAUAUCGUUAGUGCGCGUGAGACUAGUGAGAGUUAGAUGUUUGACCUAGUCUCUUGGUCAAUGACGGAUUGUUCGCAUCUACUCUCGGGCAGAUAUUAUCCUUAAUAAUAGGAUGCCAGACUUGACCCACCUUAACGAUCCUUAGACUUGAAGUAUUACGUUCUUCAAAUUCGUGAACCCGCAUGCUUUGAUUCAUUGUCCUAAGCCGUAUGGAAUAAGGAUGGUACACAGGCUUUGUAUUGGGCAUGCCGCUGCACGUAUUCGAAGACGUAGAUUACGUACAAAGAAUUUGUCACUGCUACUCAAGCAGAAUAAUGUCUUAUAGGGGCCCACUGAUAAGUAUGACUGAAGAAAUGCAUGACCAUGCUGAGAUGAGUUUAGACAUCUGUUCUCAUCAGUCAGACUUGUUAAUCAGUAAAUAACUUAAUGGCUACAAGUUGGAUAUUUUAUAUCCCUUGCACUAAGUUAAGACAUUGGGACAAAAGGAUCUACGUUAUACAAAGUCUUAGUCGUAGAAAGGUUUUGAUGAAGCAAACGUCUAAACUUAUAAUCUGGGGGUAAUAAUGUGUUGCUAGAUACCGCUUAUUACUUAUAGUAUUGGUGUAGAUUCAAUACUGUGACCAGUUUUAUAAGUGCCUAUACGGGUCACACACUUUGGAGAAUUUAAAAAGUAGAAUUAUAAGAAGGGAAAAUACUGAAUUUGUAUAUUGUAAAAUAGUAAAAUAAAAUAUGUAAAUAUAUUUUGUAUAUGUAU